AGCGGCGGCGCUUGGGAACUCCGCGGCUGGAGCGCGCAAAGGCGGCGGGACCCGACGGGGCGGGUCCCCGCCGCAGAGGGCGGAGCGGUUUCAACAAGCCCUGAAUGAGUCCGCGGGGGCGGCUAGUCUCGGCUCCGAGGAGGCGGCAUGCAGCUGCAGGUCGCGGUGCCCUCGGUGGGGCUGCAGCUGUCCGAGGGCGACCAGAGCCCGGAGAAGGCGCGCACGGUGAGUGGCGGCGGCGGCAGCCCGUCGGGUUGCUCCCGGAGCGGGACUUGGGCUUUUUUGCAGCCGCGGGGCCGGGAGGGAGAGCCCGUCCGCCGGUGCCUCUGGCGGGCUGGAGGGGAGAGCGGCUUCGAAGGCAGCGGGUGCCGUCGGUGCCCGUGGCCAGCCUGCAAGCGCCUUUGGCAGGGAGAAAGGGGGCGCUGAACUUGCUGGUGGGGCUUUGCAGAGGCCGGGCGAGCGAGGGAGGGGCUUCUUUGCGGCGCCCACCAAAGGAAAUAAAGGAAGGAGCCCGACACGUGUAGCCUGGGGACCCUUCAGAAGUGAGAAGGCAUGCGAACAGUCUGCGUCUGGUGAAAAAGAACAAAGCCGAAAGAAGAGACGCUCGGAGGAAGGACGGACCUGAAGACUCCCUUUAGCGAUUGAAUUACUUGAGUCUGUGUCCUGUGUCCCCCAACAAGCGCGCACCCCACCGCUCAGAAAGGGGGGUUUAUUACAGCUUCUGUGGACCAGAGAUGUGGGAUAUGGCAGGUAUAGAUAGAAAGAAAAAUGUUAGCAGUGAGGUCGGAGAAGAAUGAAAUAUAGACCCUGAUAAUUGUGCCUAAGGUUAAAAGUGUCCCAGACAAGUACAGUGCCCCCAUCACAUGGCAGAGUUGGUGAGACCACCAGCCUCCUGGCAGAGCCCUAGCUAUGGAGCGGGGGGGGGGGCAGCCAGGUUUUUUGCCCCAGGUGAAGCCUCCAGCAGGGCGCUAUUGAGGCUCCCAGCCGUGUGUGUGUGUGUGUGUGUGUGUACACAAAUGCACAUGGGGGAGCAUGAAAUUGGGUCUUUGACCUGGGUGAAAUAAAGCCUAGUUUUGCCUCUGCCUCCUGGCACUGAUGAGCUAAUGAACAACUGCAGUGCGAUUAAAAAAAAAACCUUAUCUCAAUUCAAGGCCACAGGUGAUAGAACCAAACUUCAAAAUACUUCCUUCUCUGGGAAGAAAGUGCACACUGUGGAAAGCACUUGAUUAAAUAUAUCCUCCUUGUUUCACUGUUUAAGCAGAGUUCCCAUUGGCAUCAUCAGGCAGCAGUUUCUUAUAAGAUGGGAAUCCUGCCACAUACACAAACACACACCAGAAGUUGUUUGACUACAAUUCCCAUCAUCGCUGCUGCGGACCAUGCUGGCUGGGCCUGAUGGAGUCAGUCUCACAACGUCUAGAGGGCCACAGGUUCCGUGUUCCCCAAGAAGGCUUCCAAAAAUGGGGUAGCUGGAAACACAUUCAUUCCAUGACGUUUCUCAGUGUCUCUGUUCUGUUAAAAGAUAAGAGCUGACAUGGGAAGCCUGUCGGCCUCUAGAUAAUUAUGGAGUCCAUCAAUAUCUGGAGAACCAGCCGUUUCCUACCCCUGACUUAAAGUAAUGUUUAUGCUGCUUGAAAUUAUACCGGUUGAGACAAUAAUACACAGAAUACGGGAAUAAUGUGUUUUAUUAAAAUGAUGCAUAUUGUUCCAGUAACCUGCCCCCCCCCCAUGUUUGGGGGGAGGGAACAGCCACUCCUCACACUGUUGCCACAAUAACACACACACAAACACACACCUACCCUGUAGGAACGGGCAGAAGGGCAGUUGUCGUGCCUCUGCUCCUUGCAGAACCAGAAGAAACUAGGAGGUUGCUAAGAUCUGUAAGGCAAGAUCUACUUCACUCACAUCCACACACUUUUUAAAAAAUCCUUCCAGCCACAAGGAGCCAGAAGGCACCAAGUAACUGCCACCAGUACAUUUUGGCACCUGAGGCAGACCCCAAAAUUGCACCUCCCCUUCCCGCCAGGAAAGAAGAGGUGCAGCAAGACCUACAUCCAGAACAAGGGGGGCGGAGGAAGAUUGGCACUGGAAUCAGCUGCCCCAGUGGAUCCCUUUGCCUGAGUCAGUCACCUCAUCUUGCCUCAUGGGUGGGCCAGCCUUGAGUGCAGUACUUAGAGAUGACAGAUUCUCAUGUGGCACCACUGUAGGUCAUUCUGGGGUACUGGGGGUGGGAAACUAGUUAACCCGAGAGUGGGGUGGGGGUCAGUAUGGGGUAGUGGUUAGAGCAUCAGAUUAGGACUUGGGAGAUCGGGGUUCACAUCCCAACUCUGCCACGGAGCUCACAAGACAACCUUGAGUCGGUCACAGUCUCUCCAUCUGAAAUACCUCACAGGGUGGUUAAAAAAUGAAGAGACAGGAGAACCAUAUAUAGUGGUACCUUGGGUUACAGACACUUCAGGUUACAGACUCCGCUAACCCAGAAAUAGUACCUCGGGUUAAGAACUUUGCUUCAGGAUGAGAACAGAAAUCGUGCAGCAGCAGCAGGAGGCCCCAUUAGCAAAGGUGGUGCUUCAGGUUAAGAACAGUUUCAGGUUAAGAACGGACCUCCAGAACGAAUUAAGUUCUUAACCCGAGGUACCACUGUACAGCACUUUGAACUCCUUAGAGGAAAGGUGGGGGCAUAUAUCUAGUAAUCAGGGCUGUCCCUCCCACAAAGCAAGGGGAGGCGGCUGCCUCUGGUGGCGGAUCCACAGGUGCAGCAGAACCCAGCAGAGAUCUUUAUUCCCCACUCGUUCAUGAUGUAGAUCCUUCACUCACCCCUUCUUUCCCGGUGGGGAGGUAUGCCUCGGGUGCUAAAAGGUCUUGGGAUGGUCCUGGUAAUAAUAAAUAAAUAAACUCUAUUGUGUGGCUAUAGAAUGACUUGGGCCUUUGGAUUCCUCUAGGCCAGUAUGAUAGACUUUGACUGGCAGCAGAGUUUUUUCCAGCGUCUUGGACAGAGGUGAUCCCUUGCCCUAAAAUCUGAGAUCCUUUUAAACUGGAGGCAGAAGAAGAGCCUGUUGGAUCAAUUCAAUGGCCCAUCUAGUCCAGCAUACUGUUUUCACAUGAACUGGACUAAUCCUCUUUUAAAACCAUCCAAAUUGUUGCCCAUCACUGCCUCCUGUGGCAAUGAGUUCCAUGGUCUAACUCUGCAUUGCAUGAAUAAGUCCUUUCUUCUUCUUUUGCCAAUUAAUUUUUAUUAACAUUCCAAAUUGUUAACAAAUUAACAACAAAUUAAUUCAAUUUAAAAGUUGACUUUCCACCCCACCCUUCCAAGAUGCUUCUUUCCCCUCCCUCCUUUGCUGCUAACAAUAAAACACUUUAUCUUAAUUUUGCAUCCUUUUGCAUCCAUUCUCUAUUUCCAUUGACUGUUUAUGCUCAAUUCCUGCUUAGGCUUUUAUUUACUCUUUUGCCAGCUAAUCGAAUAGAGUUAAUCUUUUAUCAAGCCAUGUAAAUCAUUCAUCAUAAUUUUAAAUCACAUGUCCUCCAAUACGACUUAUUCAUCAUGGCUUUCUUUUAUCCAUCCUGAAUCUUCCAACAUUCAGCUUCACUUGAAUGCCCAUGAGUUCUAGGGUCUAGAGAUGUGAAGGUUUCAACCUGGGAUUUUCUGUGUCCCAAAGCAUGUGCUAUGGGAAAUCUGAGAAGCCCACAUAGAUCAGAUUUCUGUCGUGCAUCUAGCAGUGCUAAUGCCAAAAAGCCCAAGCCAAAUUAAGAGCAGACACUUAAGACAGGAUUCUGGUAAAGUGAGACAUCAGCUGUGGAAUGACCAGCCUUGUUUUCGUGGAGGGAAGUGAACUUAGAGUGGCCUGUCUCCAGCUCACACUGAGCGAAGCAUAAACAUCAGGCAUGGCAUCUCUUGGGCACAGAGUUUCCCGGUUUCCUUAUUGGUUGGCAAUUCUCUCUGUUUAGUUAAGCUGGGUGUGGUGACCGUGGUUCUGUAUUCCAGCUGGAAGGAGCUUACUUUGCUUGUGCCUUUAUGGGGAAACUAUGAUUGGAACAUAAAAUGCCUUAUGUGGCAGGAUAUUUUUGGCCCUAGGAACCUAAGAAACCACCUACCAGCCAUUGGUCUUUCCAGCUCAGGCAGCAACUCUCCAAGUCGGAGGUCUCUUCUAGCCCUACGGAGAGAUGCUACGUGGAACUGAACAUGGGGGAGCUGAACAUGUCGGACUCUAUCACUCGGCCAUGACUUUUCACUAAUGAAUCCGAUUUUUUCCUUUUUAAAAAGCAAGCUUCUAGACCUCAUGGGAAGCAAUUAUAGGCUUGAAGGCACAUGAUCAGGACCUCGUGCAAUUUCAGGAAGCAGAGGAGGAGUGAUGCAGCAAUCCCACUGGCCAGAGGGUUAGACUUCAGUGCCUUGUAUCGCUUCUUCCCUCCCCAACCCUAUUCCACGGUUGUGGGAAGGAAAGAGAAUAAAGGAUAUGCAUGCAUAUUGGUUUAAAGUAGAUCACAAUAUGAUUUUUUAGUUGCCAAGUGCUCCCACUGCUGGCACAGCCGGGCUCUUGUAUGUGUGCCUAGAUGAGGAAGAGAAAGCAGCGUAUACUAAAAAUAGCAGUGUGUGUGUGUACACACACACACACACACACACACACACACACACACACAACCUGCUACUGUCACUACACAAACUUUCUGUGAGUAGACUGCUUUUGACAUUCCGGGGGUGCUCCAAUUCUAUUUUUUAUCCUUGUCUUUUCUUCAUUUCAUUUUAAAUUCAUAUACCAUCUUUUUCCAUUGCUGACCCCAAGACAGUUUGCAGCCCAAGGUGAGGACUGUAGCAUGUGUUUCCUCCCCUCCCCAAAAUAUUUGGAUCUGCUGUGCAGAGGAGAGUCUGUUGCUGCAGCUGCAAUUCAUGGUGACCAGAAGUGAGUGUUGGAUGUGUGAAUAGUUGCUUCAGCCGGGUAAACUGAGGCCUGGGCCCAGGGACUUUGGUUUGUUUCCCCCCCAAGGAGCUGGCCCAUUUGGUCUCCUUUUCUCUCUCCUGAACAACUAAGUACACAAAACCUGUGUGGCGCCUCUGCUACAUCUCUGGAGCAUCUGGGCACAAACCCUUCAAGAGGAGAUAUGCGCUGCAUUACAAUCUGUGCUUUGCUGGAGUUGUCCGAAGUGUAUUCGCCGCACUUCAACUGCACACAUUCCUCAGGCCCGACACGGAGUCUUCUGCCGGGUAUUCUUUUAUGCAGAGCCGAGUUUAUUCAGUAUCCCUGCCCCUGCCCCCCUGCUCCCAUUUGGCACUUUUGAGAAGCGAAGCCAAAGGCUGAUUUCAAAGAGGCUUUUGUCAAGCGGUGUUUGCUUUGGGGAGAGACUGGACUGCGGUGCAUUGUGGGGGAAGAAAGCAAGAUGACCGCCCUGCUAUUGCAGAGAGUUAAGACAGAUCUCAUCUGUUCAGCAGCAGCAGAGCUGUUUUGUGGUGUGGGUGGGGCACGUCCGGGUGAAACUGACGAGCUUGUGCCUAACCUUUCAGGUGUUCAAGGUGGAAAUCCUGUGGAAUGGGAGGAAACAUUGCAUUGAGAAGCGCUACAGCGAGUUCCAUGCCCUCCAUAAAAGGGUAAGGUGGGUGCAUGAGAGUCAGGGGGUGGGGUGGGGUGGCGAGCUUGUGGCCCUGCUGGGUGUCAUUGGACUACAAAUCCCAUCAUCCUCGACAACUGCCCAUGCCGGCUGGGACUGAUGGGUGUUGGAGUCCCACCCACUAAAGAAGAAUGGAGAAGUAAGGGGAUGGAUUGUGCAGAACUGGCAAAGUACGUUACGCUAAAAUAAGAAAAUAAGGUUUUAUGGAAGAAUGCAAACCCUUUUCGGAUUACAGUGGUACCUCUGGUUAUGUACUUAAUUCGUUCUGGAGGUCUGUACUUAACCUGAAACUGUUCUUAACCUGAAGCACCACUUUAGCUAAUGGGGCCUCCUGCUGCUGCCGCGCCGCCGGAGCAAGAUUUCUGUUCUCAUCCUGAAGCAACGUUAUUAACCCGAGGUACUGUUUCUGGGUUAGCGGAGUCUGUAACCUGAAGCGUCUGUAACCUGAAGCAUAUGUAACCCGAGGUACCACUGUACUUAACCUGAGGUACCACUGUACAUGUAACUGUGAACCUGAAAUACAUCUUAGCUUUUCGGUUUCCUGGAGCGUCACAUUAAAUUUUGCUGCUUUGGGCAUAUGUCUCUGCUCAAGGGAAGUGGAAGAACCCUCAGCUUCCAUGUUGUGUCUGUUUGUUUUUGGAGGGGGAUGGAGGAGUUGAAGAAGGGCGGCCCCAUAUUACUGCCUAUGGCCAUAGACACUGCACACACCACACAUUUAAAGCACACGCACCCUAAAAAGAAUCCUGGGAACUGUAGUUUUCCCCCCAGUUCCCAGCACCCUUAAACUACAGCUCCCAGGAGUGGGUAUACAGUUAGAUACACGGUUUUCCCAGCCAUAGUAUCUGUGAGCAAGAUUAGAGGGGAAUGUAGAAAGGGAAGCCCUGUUUGACUGUUGCUUUCAACAGUGUGUGGCAGGAAAUUUCCCACUGCUAUCUCUCUUUUUUAAGUUAAUUUAGGCACUGUUCAUUGGGUGUGCUAAGCUAAUGCAAGGAAAGUCUUGCUCAAUCACCAUGUCUUCCUUGCAAGUGUUCUGAUGAAAAUAACAUGCAAAUAAAUCUUUGAAUUUGCUUGAGUACCAUAUUUGUGCCAUCUUGAGGAUGCUCUGCUGAAUUCUCUCCCUCCCCCGCCAGUCAAUACCUCAGUCUAAAUACUUUUAGGGUGGGUGUGGAGGGAGACUUAAAAAUAUAUAUAUAUUUAUAAAGUAAAAUGAAUGCAGUGUGGUUUUUUGCUUACUGAGUAUGGGUCAAAUAAACAUGCCAGAUCAUAUACCCAUGGGUUUUGGGCAGUGGCAGCAAACUGGUACCCCUCCAGAUGUUGCUGGAUUCCAGAUGUUGUUGGACUUUCAGGCCAGCAACAUCUGGAGGGCAGGCACCAUGUUUCAAAUGCCUGCCCUUGCUUUUGGGGCAAUGGAUUUUUCCUCCUGGGCAUUGGAUAAUUCUAUAUUCCAUAUUUUCUGUAAAGCCCACAUUGCAGGUCUUGACCCAAGACUUCCAGACUUCCAAUUGGGGCUGACCCAAACUGCUUGCUACCUUGAUUCAGAGGACAAGAUGGUUCUCCCUCUAUCCAUGCCCUGUUAGGGUGGGAGACUGUUUGGGCCCCAACAGGCCAGAUCCUUACCUCCCCAAAACCCACUGCCCAACUUGGACAGGUGUGCGAUCCACCCAUCUGUCAGAGUUGACCCAUGUGGGAAAGGAUCCGCUUUGCCAACGCAUUUCCUGCAGGAAAUGCACUGGCAAAGCACUGCCUGGAAGGAUUGAGUUCUACUCACCAGCCGAUGAACAGAGGGUUCGAUCCUGCUCUCUGCUUAGGUCUGCUUCGCCGGCAUGUUCCCAACAGGGAACAAAAUGACAAAGCAGUACCCAGCAGGAUUGCUAUCGCCCAGUGACGUUAGCUGAUUGCCAGAUGGGCGUGGUUUGGGGAAGCAGUUUUGUGGGCUGAAUUUGACCCCUGGUGGGACGAGAUUGCCCCACAGGCCAUAAGUUUCCAACACCCGAUGCACAGAAAUGGACCCUGCUGGCAGCUGAGCCUGACUUCAACACUCUCAGCGGAGAGCUGGCUAGUUCUGGGGUCGUAGGACAGAGCAGCUCUCCUCCCAGUGCCUCUCUGACAUUCAGCAUCCACUGCCAGAAGCAGCGGCUUCCCUCUGCCUAACAGUAGGACUGGCCGUGGGCCUGGUGGUUCCUGGAGCUCCUUUGAUGUCCACACAGCUUCUCUGCUCUCUCCCAACCCCCACAGAUCAAGAAGAGAUGCAGAGUCCCAGACUUCCCACCCAGGCGUGUCCCCAACUGGAUGACGAAAGUCCUGGAGCAGCGGCGGCAGGGCCUGGAAGCUUACCUCCAGGUAAGGAUGCGAGGCUGGCAGCCGAGUUGAAAACAGCCUCCCUUCCUCCCCAGCCUGCUCUCACUGAUCUUGGUUCGUCUGUCUCCUGCAGGGCAUCUUGCUAUGCAAUACAGAGCUUCCCAAGGAGCUUCUAGACUUCCUGAAACUCUGGCAGUUUGAGCAGGAGCACAAGGCAGAUCUUGGGUGAGUGUUUGGGUGAGCCGGGGGAAGAUUGAGCAGGAGCAACACUUUCCCCCUUUGUGCCACUGUCUGGCGCAGGUGGGGAGAACCUUUGGCCCUCCAGAUGUUUCUCCAAACACCUCCGUAAUCCAAACACCAUGAUGAGAAUGCCAGGGCUAAUUACCUCCAUAUCAGCCCUGAAUUACCGGCAUGGCUGGGGUCCGGUCAUGUGGGAGUCAGUCAUUUCCCACCGCCGGAAACAGGAAGCUCCUGGCCCUCCAGAUGUUUCUCAACUGCAGUCCCAUCUGCUACAGCCAGUGGGUUGUCAGGGCCCAGGGCAAGGCAGGUAUUGCGCCCCCCUAACCCAUGGUUCCUGCCAGGGCCAGGUGGCAAUGGGGGUGGGGAAGGGUCUUACCAGCUGGGAGAGAGAAUCUGUGCCAGCGGUCACUUAUUUUAUUUUUUAUUUAAUGAAAAAUUUACAUGGCUUGAUUUAAAACAAAACAAAACACACCCUCCAAGCAGUUUUUCUUUUGAAAUUUUGCAUCCCCCCCAAAAAAAGUUUGUGCAACAACCCCUCUGCCGCCCCAUGCUAUGCCACUGGCUACAGCAAGUGUGCCCAGGGGCAAGGGGGAGUAGGAAUUGUGGUUCAUUAACACCUGGAGGGCUGAAGGCUCCCUAUACCUGUUAGAACUCGACAGCAGCAUAGUAGUUUGAGACUGACUGUAGUUUUGUGAUUCUUCCAGGACUACUCUACUUUCUUCUUUACAAAAAGCGCGGGGUAUCUCACAAUAACAGAAUCUGAUGCAAUGCAAAAUAUAAUGCCCUGAUUUUCUUUCUUCAUUCUAAGUUAUACGUACUGUGCUUUUCUCAAACAUCCCUUUCCCUGCAAAAUCCAGCGUGGCAGGUAAACUCUUGUUAGAGAGGGAUGGGUAGCUGGUCUCUUUUUGACAUUGUCCAGGCGCUUUCCUCCCGAAGGAGCUGCAGUCAAAACGCCAACUCACACACACUGCCCUUGUGUUGAUUUACAGACUUUUUUGGGGCCUGGGCAAUUGACAGCUAAGGCCACAUCUGCACUGCACAUUUAAAGCACUUGUAUUCCACCUUGACAGUCAAAGAAUCUUGAGAACUGUAGUUUGUUAAGGGCACGGAGAGUUAUCAGGGGACUCUCAUUUCUCCUCGCAAAGCUAAAAUUCCCAGAGAUCUCCAGGGAAGAGGGAUUGAUUGUUAAACCACUUGUGAGAUUUGUAGAUCAGUGAGGGAAAUUGUUGGGUGGGUGUGUCCUAACAAUUCUCAGCACCCUUAACAAACAACAGUUUGUUUUACCAUAGAAUUGUAGAGUUGGAAGGGACCACGGGGGUCAUCUAGUCCAACCCCCUGCAAUGCAGGAAUAUUUUGCCCAACGUGGAGCUCGAACCCACAACCCUGAGAUCAUGAGCCGCGUGCUCUACCAAGUGAGGUCAUGACUGUCAGAGCGCUCUAGGUAUGCUUGAAGUGCAUGAUGUAGGUGCAGUUUGAAUCUCAAGUACAGUGGUACCUUGGUUUAAGAACAGCUUAGUUUAUGAACAACUUGGAUUAAGAACGCUCCAAACCCGGAAGUGUUUUGGUUUGUGAACUUUGCCUCAGAAGCAGAACAUGUUUCGCUUCCUGUUGAGUGUGUUCCAUUUGUAAAUUGAGCCCCCGCUGCUAUGGGAAAGCACACCUUGGUUUAAGAACGCUUUGGUUGAAGAACGGACUUACAGAAUGGAUUAAGUUUGUAAACCAAGGUACCACUGUAGAACCUGGGGUAGAUUAGGGUUGUGUUGGUUCCAGCUGCCAUCAGCCAGCAUGGUCUGGGAUGAUGGGAGUCCUGCAAUAUUUGGAGAGCCACAGGUUCCCCAGCCCUGCCUUAUAAGCUCCCAGAGCCACCCGUUUCCACACACCAGCUUUUGUAUGGAAAGGCUGCCUUUGUUACCACCACUGUUUGUGAACAGCCUGUCCUGCCGCACCCAAUGUUCUUCCCGGGGCGACUUUUCCUCGCAGGACACAAGGCAAGUGCUUCACUGCCCCAGUGCUCUGUUUCCACCAGUGGGAGGGAGUCAAAACAGUCCCAACAACAGAAGGGUCCAGCCUUUGUCUGCUUACUCCCCAGGGGAUAAAUGUGCUCAUCCAGCCAUGGAGGCUGGCAUUUAUUUUCUCGCUCCAGGGGAAUGGGCACUCCCUGUGGCUUGCUUGCUGCUACAAGCGGCAGGGAAUGCUCUCAAAAGGGUCUGCUUUGUGCUCUUGCUGGCCAAGUUGCAAGCGCCUGUUCCUUUUGCAGAGACACAGUGCUCUUCCGGCACUGCAGCAUAGUGGUAGAGCAACUGCUUUGUGUACAGAUGGUCUCAGGCUCAAUCCCCAGGUAGGGUUGGCCUGGAGAGAGGCUGCUGGUAGGCAUUACUAAGGCAACUUCCUAUGAUCCCUUGUUCAGAGCAGCAGCAUCUGCCUGAUACAGCGUUAGGCCACUGGUCCAUUGCCUACACUGAUUAUUCCAGUGCGGGGAGAAGAUCUCCUGUUUAUUGCAUUUUUAGCUUUCCUCUCCCUCCUUCAAGUUCAGGGUGGCGCAUGUUGCUCCUCCCUUCCGCACAUGCAUUUUAUUCUCACAACCACCUUGCGAAGUAGGCUAGGAGCUGAAAUUGAUUCUAACCCAAAUGUCAGGGCUCAAUUCUCUCUUUGCAGCCCGGGUUACCUGCUGUCCCACCGGCCGGUCAUAAGUUUCCAAAGUGAUCCAUACAUCCUCCCGGUUUCCACAGGUAACGGCUUCCUAGUAAGGUUUUUGGGGUGGUGAUGGAGGGGAGCAGAGCUCUGGGCUGGUUAAGGUCUGUUAUCAAGCAAGGGUCUGGGGUGCAUGUCGACACUUUACCCGAUACAGAAACAAUUUGUCAUGUAGUUUUCAAUAUGGGUGACAAGAGAGCCAGAGGUCCCUCACCUGCCAUCCUGGACUGGCAGGAUUGGGGGAGCGGAUGGAAAGCAGUUCUUGUUUUGCUGAAAGGCACCUGUGCAAAAACCAUUGCAGUGUUAAAGGUAAAGGGACCCCUGACCAUUAGGUCCAGUCGUGACCAACUUUGGGGUUGCGGCGCUCAUCUCGCUUUAUUGGCCAAGGGAGCUGGCGUACACCUUCCGGGUCAUGCAGCCGGCAUGACUAAGCCGCUUCUGGCGAACCAGAGCAGUGCACGAAAACGCCAUUUACCUUCCCGCCGGAGCAGUACCUAUUUAUCUACUUGCUCUUUGACGUGCUUUCAAACUGCUAGGUUGGCAGGAGCAGGGACCGAGCAACGGGAGCUCACCCCAUCAUGGGGAUUUGAACUGCCGACCUUCUGAUUGGCAAGUCCUAGGCUCUGUGGUUUAACCCACAGCGCCACCCGUGUCCCCUUAUUGCAGUGUUAGAGAUGCCCAAACACUCAGGUUUGGGGUAGUUAAGCAGCGUCUCCUGCUACAGGAGGAAGCGGUGGAUGCUGAAAAGACGAAACACAGGAUCGCAGAGUCCUAACAUGAGCCACUUUUGUGCUCUGGAACUGAACCGUGUGCUAGAUCUCAUCUGAAUGCCAGGUUGAAGAUGCCCCUUUGCCCUCUGCUGGGGGCGGCAUUGUCCGUCGGCCCAUCUCAGGGGGCUUAGCUUCCUAGACCAGAAAGGGAAGACAGGAAGAGGCCUCGGGGGCUGCUUUCUGCUCCCACCUUUUAAGGGUUAAUUGAAUGGGUUGCCACCGUUAAUUCCCUCCUCUCCCUCUCAGACUUGCUUCCCGACGUGAUCCUGAGCGGAGUCCUGCAGGGUUUCUAUGCACCCCGGACGACCUUCUGCCUGCAGUCAAAGCUCUUUGCGGCUCUGCCACCCACCGACUUGACAUCCUCUCCUUUGCAACCGGCCUAGGGAACGCUCAGAGGAUCAAGUGCAGCUCUGUUCGUUUGUGGAAAAGCAACCGCCGGCUUCCUCCUUGCGUCGUACGUUGGAAAGAAAGAGGUUGGGGACAAGAAAGAGGUUGGGGGAGCCACUUCUUGAGGCAAGCAGUGGGAAGUAAAUGCAGUAGGUUGCUUUGUUAGGCUGCUGAGCUCCAGUAGAGUGCAGCUAACACGGGCAGGGCUUGUUGCCACUUCUGGCAGAGCUGUGGCUCUCAGGUGUUUCCAGGUGACAGCUCUUGUUAGCCCAUGUGAGUGAGAAGCAGCUGUGAGUCAGGGAGGUACGCAUGCCUUCCUCCAAGCUUCAUGGGCUGGAAGCAAGAGCAGCACAACAGCAGCUGGGGGCAGGUACUGACUCAGGUCAGGUGCUGACAAUGCAAGAUGCUUCUAGUGUUUGUGCGCACAGUGACGCCACAUUGAUAGUCUCCCAGCCUUCUGUCUAGUCCAAAGGGAGGCAGCAACUGCUCCCUCACCGCAGCGGCAAGAAACCACUGCCAACUUGGCAUGGAUCUGGUCCAGUUGGCACCUUAAUUCAGGUGUAGCCAACGUGGUGCCAUCCAGCUGCCAACAGCCCCAACCAGCUGUGGUCUAACAACACCCAGUGUGUACCAGCUUGGGGAAAGCUGCAUUGAUGGGACACAGGUAGCAGAGCCCUCCCAGAGGAGUCCGGGUUUUUCUACAGCGUGGCGGGAGACCAGCAGCUCCUCUAAGCUAUCCCGAUAGUUUGGGGUUAUUCCUGCUGCAGAUUACUGCUUUUUCAAUGGGGUAGAUGGUCUACUUUAACAAAAAUGGCUAUGCAAUAAAAACACUUCCACUAC